AUGUUCACAGGGAUAGUCGAACUCAUCGGUACAGUCCAAGAAUAUAAACCCUUCGAUGACUCAGAGAGCGGCGGACAGGGCGUUUCCAUCACGAUCAAGGAUGCUACCCCGAUUCUAACAGAUUGUCACAUUGGAGACUCCAUCGCCAUCAAUGGAAUAUGUCUCACCGUAACCGCAUUCGAUGCAGACACGUUCAAAGUCGGGAUAUCCCCUGAAACCAUCAAGAGAACCAACGUGGCAGAUUGGAAACAAGAUGCCAAGGUAAACUUGGAAAGAGCAGUCUCUCAAGAUGUUAGAUUCGGAGGUCAUUACGUACAGGGUCAUGUGGAUACCGUCGCUACCAUUGUCUCCAGGGAGGCAGAGGGUAAUUCCAUUAUCUUUGGGUUCCAGUUGAAUGACACUCAAUAUAUGAAAUAUAUCGUAGAGAAGGGGUUCAUUUGUAUUGAUGGGAUCUCUUUAACCGUUACCAAAGCUGAUGACACGAAUUCCACAUUUUAUAUCAGUAUGAUUAAGCACACACAGGAAAACGUUACAUUACCAUUGAAAUCCAUCGGAUCCCUAGUUAACAUAGAAGUGGAUUUGACAGGGAAAGUCAUUGAAAAGCAAAUUACUUUGGCGUUAGAGAACCAAAUAUCAAAUGAAUCAAGUACAUUAAAUAAAAUGAUCACGAAAUUGAUUGACCAACGUAUCCAAGAACAUUUCGCUAAUAAAUAA